UUCGGUCUUCGAAAUCGAGAUUAUGUUCUAACCAUUUCGCAAAGGAUGUUAAUUGUUGAAAAAAAUGAAAGUUAUUACACAGAUAAGUUAAGAAAUUAUUUUCAACGUUAAAUUUUUGCGCACCAUCGAAUGAGCUAUAAUGCUGCCCUCUGGACCUAGUUUGACAAUAACGGAACCCCAUUUUAAAUUUAAAAACAUUUUCUAUAAUUCCAUGUAUUGGUAAAAUCAAACACUACCUAAACAUCUUUUACGCAGUCAUGCAACACACAUAAAAAUAUAUAUAUACAUAUAUACAGUACUAUGAAGAAUGAAGAACCUAUAAGUCACUCACACGUGGCGACUAAAUAAAAUAUUUUUAAAAUUAACAUUUCACAAAUUUAAUACUAACUAACAAUUAAUGUUUCAUUAAUGGCCAAUUUUAAAUAAUUUGAAAAGAGCGCUAAAAAAAAGUGACGAUUUUAUUUAUUGUUAUUAUUGUUGUUACAUUUAAGUUAGUAAGCAAAAAAUUAUUAUAAUUUAACAAUGGAAUAUUUUCAUAUAUUUAUUUAUUUAUUAUCAAUUUCAAUUGAGAAUUUGUCAGUAAGUGGAGAAAAAAAUGACAGUAAAUUUGUUGCGACACAUGAAUGGCAAACUGUAAAAAAAGGCCAGCCAAUACCAAGAGGCCUUCAUGUGAGACAUGAUUUUCAAACAGGUGUAACAGAAGCUAAAUUAGAUGAUGAAAAAAAAGACAUUUCGCAUCGUUCACUGGCACUUCAUUCAGAAGCAUCAGAAAGUGAUGAUAACUUUGUUAAAAAUGAUAAUGAACGCAGUAAAUUGAAAAUAUCUUUAGAGGAAUUAAAAACGCGCCUGAAAAAAAUUAAAAUUGAUGCUAACAAUGACUUAAAACAUACUGAAGAUGUCAAAAAAAAAUUCCGGAGUUAUGAAGAAUUAAAAGACGAACUGAAAUCUGUUGACAUGAAUGUUACAACAGAUUCAGAAAUAUUAAUUGGUCUUUUUGAACGAUUCAAAAUUUAUGAUCGUUCAUUAGCUAGUGGGACUCUACAGAGUAAAGAGGUUGAAGAUAUUUUACAUAUAUUUAAUGAUCUUGAAUAUUUACUCCAUCAAAUAGAUAUUGCUCAAUUAUUUGCUGAUAUGGAAGGAAUGUCAAAAAUAAUAUCGCCAUGUCUGAACACAACGAAUGACGAUUUAAAAUUUGAAGCGUUGAGGGUUCUCGGUACUGCUGUUCAAUUAAAUCCAAAAGUCCAAGCAAGAGCUUUAAAUAAUGAUCUGGUGCAAAAACUUUUGCAUUUAUUAUCAGUAAACAACAAACAAUUAGUGAGAUCGAGAUGUUUAUUUGCGUUGGGUGCUUUAAUAAGACAAUUUCCAUCAGCGCAAAAAGCAUUUAUUGAUCAUGGAGGAUUAGAAAUAUUUGGUAAAAUUUUAGAAAAUGAUCAAUUACCGACACAAUUUAGAGCGAUUAAGCUAAUUACUGACUUAGCAAUAGAAAGAGAGUUUAUAAAUAAAACUGAAGACGAAGGACUUCGGUUGAGAAAAAUUCGAGAAUACAAAAAAACAGAUUUUGAGCAAAAAUUAUUGUUGCAUAAUUACUGCAAAUAUUUAUCGAGUAUUGUAAAGAAAAAUUUCCAACACGAUAUUUCUCUGGAUUCCUCAACGGAAAUGAAUGAAUUUUUAGAAGUAAUACUUGAGAAUAUGAUUAUUUUAAGUCCUACAUGUAAAGAUGAGUUUCGUAAUAUCGAGCAUGGGCUUUUUUCAACAUUAAAUGAAAUUCUUAAUUAUUAUAAUAAAAUAAAAGAAGGAAAUUCUCAAGUUUGGCAAGAAAAUGAAAUGCUGGAAAAUAAUUUUCAGAAAAUAUUAAAAUUUAAAAAGCUGAUAUUAGAUAAUUUUCACGAUGAACUGUAAUGUGAUGAAAUAAAAUUUUAAUAACAUUUUUUUUUUUUUUAAUUGUCUAAUUAUUAAAUAUAUUAGAUAAAUAAUAAUUUUUCCAAGAGAUUAUAAUACAUUUUAUUUACAAAUCAAUUUUACAUAAAUUUCAUUGUAAACAUUUUCAUAAUUUAUUCUAAUAAUUACUUUCAUUAAAAAAAAAAAUUUAAUUAUGACUGAACUAAUUUGUGAAAAUAAACACUCGAACGUCAUCUUUUUUCUUGAAAAAGUAACAGUUCAGCCCUAUAAUACUAUAGAUAAACCUGUUAUCUUACUAACUUAAGUAUAUAGAAACAGCAAGUAAAAAAAUGAAUGCCAAAUUUUGUAUUAUCACAAGAAAAUAAAGAAAUUUAUUAUUAUUUUAUAUUCUUAAA